UCCGAGAGCUGGGGGGACUACAACAAUGGCUGGGGCAAGGCUGCCUGGGGCAACGAUGACUGGGACUACGAUGACUGGGGCUACGAUCACUGGGGCAGCGAUGGCUGGGGCAACAAGAGGCCACGCCGCAGCGACACGAUGCAAUCCGUUGCCAGCGACUGGUCGCAGCAGACGGACAGCCAGCCCAACGAGGGGUCGAGCCCGGGAAAGUUCGUACUGAAUGGCAACCCGAACGAUGCUAGAAAUUUGUCGCCCGAAGAGAGGGCGAAAAUCGAGGCUUUGACUGGACCCGAAGACAUCGAUCUGGUCGAACGGAAAAGAUUGAACGAAGGGCUGAGGAGGAGGAUGAAACACCCCACAGGCCCGCCCUGUAGUGUGUACGAUCCCAAGCACUUCCACUAUGAAAGCUUGUUGGGAGGACUUCGCAAAGGGCUGGUGGAACAAUGGCAAGCAGCUGUUUCGCCGACCGAAAAGUUCCAGUUCUUGAAAGCAUAUCUCCUCGACAAGGAGAUGAGCUCGAUCGAAAUCCAACCAUAUUUCGAGCAAAAGAACACGGAGCACUUCAUCGAGCUUCCCCUGAAUAAGAUCGUCGAACAGUACGGCCACCUCGCUGGGGGCCCCGCCUUCAUUGAGUCGAUAAAAAAAGACCAAGCCGGACGUGCCCAUCCGCAGUCGACGGACGAGAACAUGCGAAUAUACAAAAUCUUCAAAUGCAUGGAUUUCAAGAGCCUCCAGAUUGCAAUUAUAAUUCAGUCUGAAUCUCCAAUAUUUAGCUGCAUGCAUGACUUGUUAAUCCGAGGUGCCCAGAUCAGCAGGGUGGGAUCGAAGACGAGUGCAUCGGUGAAACCAUCGACCAACAAGGCCGAGCGACAGGCCUUGGUUGAUUCAGUGGAGAACAAAAUCGGCUCAAUGAAGAGCCCGGCUGGCUUACCCUCAGAAGUCAAGACGAAGGCCAGACCCAAGCCCAAGAAGGAGACUUGUUGUCGCUGCAUCCAUCUUGUGUGUGUACAUGCAGACCUAGAUUCUAGAUAG